AUGAAUCGAGAAAUCUGGUCCAAAAUUACCCAUAAUGUAGUUGACUCCAUCAAAUCCUUCCCAAAUGGUGGUUUCAUGAUAUUGACAUCAGGAUUAUCAAUUGCCAACCUGACAUCUUUGUUCCUGACUUACUUUCUUGAAAAAAGCAAAUCUGUAAUCAUCCUCCUCAAUUACUCUAAUUAUGAAAUAGAUUUUAUUGAUACAUAGCUUAACUUUUUUGUCACCUAAAAUUAACUAAAUAAUAACAAAGAAUAUGCUCUUUCUGUUGUAGUCUUGACUAAAUAGCCAUCUGAAAAAAGAGCUGCUUUUUACAAAUAAGGUGGAAUCUUUUCUAUAACUCCCUAAAUCUUGAUCUAAGAUUUGCUAAUCAACACAUUAUCACCCUUCAUUGUUACUCACCUAAUAAUUCAACAAACUCACCAAAUCAAAUCACAGUAUGAUUAUGAAAGUUGGAUCACCAAUUUUAUCAAAAUCGUAAAACCUGAACUAUUUCUCCUAGCCUUUACCAAUCAACCUGCAAUUCUACAAUUGCAAUAAAACACUCCUACCAUUCUCAAAAAUUUCUAUCUGAAUAACAUAAUCCCUUGGCCUAUGAACAGAGCUGAAAUCGUCAACUCUUUAAAGUCACAUCCCUUUAAAUGGAGUGAAAUAAAAAUUAAUUUGUCUAAAACUAUCAAAGAUAUCCAAGAUAUCGUCAUCUCCCUUAUUAAAUAAUGCAUCCAAGCAGUUAAUGGACAAUGUGGUACAUCCUACUUAACGAGCGAUAUGGUCGUCCAACAGAAUUGGAGAAAACUCAAAGCUCUUAUUCAAAGACAAUCAUUUAAAAUAGAUCUCAUUCAAUAAUAGAUAUUCUUAGACAUCUUUCAACUUAGAAGAUUGCUCUUUGCAUUGAUCAAUCAAUCAGCCUAUUAAUUCUAUUUCACAUUAACUUAGAUAAUCAAUGAUGCUCCAAUCGACUCCAUUUGGUACAUAUCUUAACCAGAAAUUGAAGGAUUAGUAUUAAGAUUAUAGAAAUUAGCAUAAGAGAGAGUCUACUCCUUUGUUAGCAUUCAGGAACCCAUCAAAUAUACCUUUACUAAAAAGAAUGGAGAAGAAGUAGUUAAAGAAAUCAACACUAAAAUUGAUUUUAAAAUGGAAAUUCAAUCUAAAUAUUUAUAACUCAUUAAAAUAUUGGAUGAUAUAUCAAAGUAAAAUUAGACUCAAACUGAAAACAUAAGAAUCUGGAUUUGGGUUCAGAAUAGUGAAAAUGUAACCCAGAUUUAACAAUAUCUAGUUUCCAAUUACAGAAUGAAAGAUAAAAAUAAUUAUGUUAAUCAAUUUAAUUUUCUAAGAAAGAUCUUAGAAUAGAAAGCAAGAAAAUCAAUUGACAAUAUAUUGAAUAAUAAUUCUGAGUAAUAAGCAUCCUAAUAGGUUGCACAGGAGAGGAAAUCGAAGAUUGUAUUAAAGCAUAACAAUAAAUAAAUCAAAUAAAACAAACAAAUUAAAUAAGAUGAAGAAGCCCUGUUGAACUAUUUACUCCAUUAGGAACUAGAACAAUUAUUUGAACAUGUUCUGGAAUAAGAAGAAUAAGUCUUGCUUCAAAAAUCCCAAGCCAUUCAAUAAUAGGUGUAUUAACUAUUGCCAUAAGAAUUGUUGCAAUUUGAUUUGUAAUAGAGUGGUCAUAAAGUGAACAAAGAUGGAAUAAUUAUUUAAUUUGAAGAAGAUACAAUAAUUCCAAAGAUGACUAUUGUUGUUAACAAUAUGAUUGAUGAUUGCUAGAGAUACACAUUUAAAUAAACUUAUAAACCUGAUUACAUUAUUAUGAUGGAACCAAAUCAUUCAUUUUUAAAAGAACUUCUAAUUAAUCAAAAUUAGGUUGAAACCAUUUUAUUGAUGUAAAAUGAAUGCGUUGAAUUUUGGUAAUACUAUAAAGAGAAAAUGGAUGAGGAGGUUGCAUUCGAAAAGAUCAUUGAAAAUCUCAGAAGUUUCUCACGAUCCUUUGAAAAACCUGAAGAUGCCAUUCAUAAAUUGAACAUGCAAUUGUAACAUCAAAAUUCAAGAUAAGGAAAAGGAGAAGAGUUUUUUUAAUAAUCAGAUCUUCAACCUAGAAUUUUAGUUGAUUAUAGAGAAUUUAGAUGUGAUGUCCCUCCUAAAUUGUACUUUCAUGGCAUUUAAUUGACUCCUGUCAUGUUGAAGGUGGGAGAUAUCGUUUUGAGCAAUAAUUGUGCAAUAGAGAGAAAAUCUGUUGAAACAGGAGAUCUAAUUGAAUCAUUAAAUCAAAAUAGAUUGGAUUAAUAACUGUAGAAAAUGAACUCAUUUGAUCAUCCCUUUCUAUUGAUAGAAUAUUCAGACAACAUUCCGUUUUGUUUGGGAUCAUUAUCAAGGCAAUCACAAAACUAUAGUUCUAAUACAAGAGUUAUGGUCAGAUUACUAGAAUUGAUAACUAAAUAUUCAAAAAUCCAAAUUUUGUGGUCGAAUAACUCAGAUGAUACAAUUAAAAUUAUUAGUAAAUUAAAAUAAACGCUGGCUCGAAAUUCUCCAGACAUCACAAUAUUUAAAAGUAAUUUACAAUAACAAAAUGGGUUGAUAUAAAAUGAAAAGAUUACUGACUAUUUUACUUAAAUAGAAAAAGAAAUAUAAUGA